GUGAGAGAAGGCAAAGUGAUGGAGGUGAUCAAGAGUAGAAUAUUAGUUGUUUUAUAGCGGAACUUUACGCACCAAGGUUUAGGACGUCGCAGCUUUGGAAUUAUCUUUUUUAUAUAGAUAUAUACGCAUAUAUAUUUUUGAACUCCUCAUCCAAAAUGUUCGGUUUUGGAGUUUGGAUUAACGCAAUUUGGAUUUUACUUUUUGCAAUUUUUCACGUGUCUCUUUCCAACUAUUCCGAAGACCAGUGCAGCUGGAGAGGCAGUGGUUUGUCCCAGCAGCAGGGCAGCGUGGAGCAGAUCUCCCUCCACUGCUCCGAGGGCACCCUGGACUGGCUGUAUCCCAAAGGUGCCCUGCGCCUCACCCUGUCGCCCCGCCUGCCCUCCGUGGCCGUGGGUCCCAGCGGCAGCAGCUCGGGCCUCAUCACGGCCUGCGUCAAGCCCUCUGAGCAGUUCCACGGAGCCCAGCUCUACCUGGAGAGAGACGGGGUCCUGGAGCUGCUGGUGGGGGACCGGCUGGAGUCGUCCCCCCCGCCCAGGGUGCGCUGCUUCAGCCGGCUGCCCGGGGAGAGGGUGGCCCUGUUCCUGCAGGCGACGCCUCACCAGGACAUCAGCAGGAGGAUCGCCUCCUUCCGCUACGAGCUGAGAGGGGAUUGGACGGCUCGCCUGUCGCUGGACUCCAACCCCAUCAGCAGUGAAGAUGCCUGCAGACCCUGCAACAACACAGAGAUCCUGAUGGCUGUUUGCACCAGCGACUUUGUGGUGCGAGGGAACAUCCGCUCGGUGGUGGAAGACGAGAACUUGCGGGCGGCGGUGAUAAAGGUCAGCGCCACCCGUGUGUUUCGUCAGAAGUACGCCCUGUUCACCGGCAACAGUCGCCUGAGCAGCCGGGGCGAGAUCAGGACUCUGCUCCAGUGCGGCGUCAAACCGGGACCCGGGAGCUUCCUCUUCACCGGCCGAGUCCACUUCGGCGAGGCCUGGCUGGGCUGCGCUCCCCGAUACAAGGACUUCCAGAGGGCUUACACGAUAGCCAAAGCGGCCCAGCAGAUACCCUGUGAACUGCCCGUAGACUGAGACAAAAACUCCGCAGCAAGCUUGUCUACCAACCAGAAUGGAAGCUGUGCUGAAAGCCGGGCCAAACUCAGCCCUGUUUCAGGAAGAAGCCACGAUGUGCACAUGUUGGCACCGAACCACCGGCGGAUAUCGUCUUCCAAAGGGCUGAGGAGCGAAAUGGAAUUCUUCCAACGCCAUUUCAGUGCAAUACGCAGUCGCCUGGUCCCGAAAGACCCGACGGAGUCCUGACAUGAGGGGACGGUUUUACAAACAGAGACGCCACAAAGCUGGUAAAAUUAUCGAAAAGCUUUCCAUUGGGGACACAUUGAGUCAAGCCAUUAAUUCAGGCCAACUGAGAGUCAUCGAAUUGAAACUCAGGAAAAUUUAUUAAAAGUUCUAUAGAAAGCUGGUUAUCCUGUUGAGGAUGCACUCAAGGCAGGUGUUGCUGUGGUCUAAGAUUUCAAAAAUAUCUACCUUUUCUUCCACAGUGUUCAGAUAACAUCCGGCCAUUGGACGGUGAUGUUCAGCUGACUUCGCCUUCAGUGUUACUAACAUCAAGGAGAUUAUAUAAAAUCCUCAUACAAGGAAACAUUUAGAAACUAUUUGCACUGAUAAAGGUAAAGGGAUUGAUCUGGAAAAAGUGUGAUGCUGCAAGCACUGAAAACCAAAUAAAAAGCAACUAUAUGUAGCAUUAGUGGAGCGACUGAGAAUUUAAUAUAUGUACAGACGAUGUGAGCACAUACAGUAGGAACACGAAGCUGAGGCCACCUGAGCAGGUUUCACAGCUCGAUGCGGUGCUGAGAGCACUUUCAUAUUCUAGCCACUCGGAGAUUUCACUUGUGUAAGGACAUACAGGCCUUUUGAAGCACUGUAUUGAGAUAAUGAGAGAAUUUUUUUUGUAAGAUAAAAUAUGUUUAAUUUCUGUAGCAUGAAAUAUUUCUGCAAAAUUCUAACUAAUUCGAGUAAAUUUAAAUAAA